UAUGAAUAUUUCAACUUGGCCAGCAGUGGCGUUAUUAGAAGAGCAUCCAUGGGUUAAAUCGGUUACGAAGCGCUUCGAAAGUACAAAACUCAUUCCUGCAUUCCAAAACGUUCAGAUUUAAACACAGUUCCCAGAUUUCUGCUUCUGGUGUUGAAGUCUCUUUGCUUUACAAUUUUUUUUUCCCUCUCUCUCAAAGAAGAAAAUGUCAGGUGUGGGACAGGUUUUCGGAGGGUCUUUCCUCUCGGCCUUCCUUCAGGUGGCCUUCGACAGGUUUGCCUCUCCCGAGUUGUUGGAUUUCAUACUCCGAUGGGAAAUCGACUUGGAUGAAGUGGAGUCACUGAAGCGGACAUCAGCCAUGAUUCAGGCCUUAUCGGAUGAAGCUGAAGUGAAGCAAUUCACCAACGUUGCCGUGAAGCUGUGGCUCGACCACCUCAAACAGCUCCUCUAUGAUGCAGAGGACAUACUGGACGAGUAUGCCACUGAACUUCUACGCCUGAAAUUGGAAUCUGCUCACCAAACCCGACAGGUACGCAACCCCCCUGUUCCUCUCACACGAUCAAGUACUGAAAGUAGUGUUUCUUCUUGGUUGAACUCCGGCCUAGAAUCUGCUUUAGAAGGAAUAAAAGGCAUUGCGCCUAAGGUUUAUAACAUCACCGAAGACCUGCAGGGAAUUAAAGGGUUCCAUUCAAAAGUAAGGGAUAUCAACAUGAGGUUAAAAAGUGUAGCACAAGAAGGUGUUGCUCUAGGUUUGAACUUGAGCAUCGGAUCUGGGUCCUCAAGGCCCAAGGUAUUCAGUCAAAGGCCACCAACGAGUUCUUUAGUGAAUACAUCGAAUGUUUUCGGCAGAGAGGAAGAUAUGGAGGAGAUUUUCAGAUGGUUGAUAUCAGAUAACACUCCAAGUAAUGAUGUUAAUAAUUUCUCAGUGCUGCCCAUAGUGGGCAUGGGUGGGGUUGGAAAGACAACCCUUGCUCAACUUGUUUAUAAUGAUGAAAGAAUUGAGAAGCAUUUUGGUCUGAAAGCUUGGGUUUGUGUCUCGGAAGACUUCGAUCUGGUGAGGUUAACUAAAGAAAUUCUUGAGUCAGUCACUAGAUCAUGCCCUCCUUCUAAUUCACUGGACCUGUUACAGCUGAAACUUAAAGAAGCAUUGAGCAAAAAAAGAUUUUUAUUGGUUUUGGAUGACAUGUGGAAUGAGAUCUAUGACAGAUGGGAUGCCUUAAGGACCCCUUUUGCAUUCGGUCAACGAGGGAGCAAGAUAUUAGUUACAACACGGAACAAAGGCGUUUCAUCAAUUGUUCGCACUGCUCCGUACGAUAUUUAUCUAAAAGGUCUUCCAAAUGAAGCUUGUUUUGCACUCGUUCAAAGGCACGCUUUCAUGGAUGAAAAAUCAUCUGAUGCAAAUCAAAAGUUGGAAGUAUUUGGAGAUGAAAUUGUGAAGAAAUGUAAGGGUUUACCUUUGGCUAUAAAGACACUUGCUGGCCUCUUGCGAGAUAAAAGGGAGAACUAUGAGUGGAAAGAUAUUUUGGAGAGUGAAAUAUGGGAUUUAACAGAGAGUGAGAUCCUUCCAUCACUCAUGUUGAGUUACCAUCAUCUUCCACCACAUGUAAAGAGAUGCUUUGCAUAUUGUGCUUUGUUUCCCAAAGACUACGAAUUUAGGAAGAUUGAAUUAGUUGUCUUGUGGAUGGCAGAAGGUCUUGUUCAACCAAAAGAAAAGAAACGGCUGGAAGAUAUAGGGGCUGGGUAUUUUGAUGAAUUAGUAAUGCGGUCAUUCUUUGAGUUAUCUAUUUAUCAUCAUUCUUGGGCAACAGGAUCGCUCCUUAUUGGUUUAUCAAAAGAAAUACACAACAGGUCAUUAUUUGAGUCAUCCAGUAACACGGGAUCAACAUUUGUGAUGCAUGAUCUAAUCCAUGAUUUAGCACAAUAUGUUUCAGGUGGAAUAUAUUGCAAGAAAGAGUCUGAUAAGUCAUCACCUGUUCUUACUACAACUCGCCACUUGUCCUAUGUUAUGCACAAUUAUAAUGUUGAGGCGACAGAGUUUGGGGCAAUGAAAAGUUUACGCACCUUUCUAACUCUAAAUGAUUUAGCUAGUAGUCCUAAGCACUUUUUUUCCACUUUGGAAUUCCAAUUCCAAUUCCUACGUGUGCUACGUUUCAGAAAUUGCUGCAAUUGUGAGUUGCCUGAUUCAAUUGGCAAGUUGAAACAUCUAAGGUUUCUUGAUCUCUCUUUUUCUGAUAUUGUAAGGUUGCCCGACUCGAUUGGAAAACUUUACAAUCUACAAUUGUUAGCCCUUACUGGUUGUGGUAGGCUUAGAAAGUUGCCUAACGAUAUGAGUAACCUUAUAAAUCUUCGAUAUCUUGUUCUCCCUGCACAUUGGGAUUUCCAUAAAAUUCCAUUAGGAGUGGGUAACAUGAGUUGUCUUCAAAUGUUGAGCACAAUCGAUGUAGGGCAAAAAAAAAAGUUAUCACAAUUGCGUGGGAUUCGGGACAAUUCAAGUUUGGAAGAUGUAGGCAAUAAUGGGGUAGAAGCCAUAGUGGCCAAGCCACACCUUCUUGGGCUACAGCUGCACAAUCUCACGUCACUUAGAGUUCUUCGAAUAUCAAACUACAAGAAUUUGGAGUCAGUAUCCAAGAAGCUAUGCACUCUAACAUCUCUCCAAAGAUUAGUAAUUGCAAGUUGCCCUACUCUUGUAUCCCUCCAAGAAACAAGGUUACCCACUGCACUUAAAGAACUAAAGAUCUUUUAUUGCGAGAAGUUGGGGUCACUACCAAAGGAGCUUCAGACCCUAACUUAUCUCAAAGAAUUUGUAAUUGGUAGUUGUCCUGCUCUAGUGUCCUUCCAGGAAACAAGGUUACCCUCUGCACUUGAAGAAUUGGAGAUCAUUGAUUGUGAGAAUUUGGAGUCCUUACCCAUGGAACUAUUGCACAACCUCACAACCUUCCAAAGAUUAGUAAUCAAAGAGUGUCCUGCUCUUGAAACCAUUCCAGAUAUGGGCUUAUCCACUAUGCUUCAAGAAGUAUCAAUUCUAAAUUGUGGGCAGUUGAAUUCCUUGCCCAAGGGGCUGCACAAAUUUACAAGUCUUAAACGACUAGAAAUUGUGGAGUGCUAUUUUCUUAUGGAGUGCAAGAAUCUUGAACCCCUACAUACCUCAGGUCUUCAUAAUCUUAUUUCUCUUUCAUAUCUCACCAUUGGUGGAUGUCAUGCUCUCAUGUCCCUUCCAAAUGGCCUGCUUCCCACCAACCUUCGGGAUUUUUGCAUCAUGGACUGCCCAAUUCUUGAAUCCCUAUAUGAUGGACUCUCUGACCUAACCUCGCUUAAACGUUUGGAGAUCCAGAAUUGUCCAAAGCUGACCAAACGGUACCAAAAGAAGGAAGGAGAAGAGUGGUCCAACAUUGCCCAAAUCCCUAAGGUGAUAAUAGAUGGCAUAUGGCAAUAAAUUCUAAACACCGCAUGCGGGUCUCACCUCUUAUAAUUAAAUCAACAGAUGGAGUACUACAGACAGAUUGUGUCUAUAAUGCAAAACUACAAUAAAAGCAGAGAUGCAUUGCAGCUAAUAUUGAGGAGAAUCACGAGAUGGAAUGUCUUUCUUUGAAAAUGCUCAAGAACCAACCAAAAUUGGCAUGGCAAUUUCUUGGAUCUUUGAUUUCUCUCAGAUGGAAUGCUUUCUUUGAAAAUGCUGAGGAAUCUACGCAAAGAAACAUGGCAAUUGCAUGGAACUUUUCAGCAAAUUGAUGCAACCUAGCAUUGUAUCUAUAAGGUAUCACUUAUCAAUGUUCCGCUUGUUUUCUGCCUACCCUGAAGCUUCAAUUGGUCACCAAAAAUCAUGGAAGUUCAAUUCAGUGGCAAUCUGUUCUACAUGUCAGCAAGUUAUGUUAUGCAGAGGAUAUACUUCCACAGUAUGUCGUGGAAGUUAAAGUUGGGAUCCUCCAGAACUGUUAGCACCCCUCGCAUCUGCGUCUAGACUGAUGAGCAAUCUUUCACUGCUUUCUAGACUGCUAUAUUGCUCAUCCAUGCUUGCAUUUAACAACCAAUCCAAUGUGUUGCCUGAAUUACAAGAACCCUCCACCAAAGAGUUGUUCUGAACAGAGUGUGGCUCUGCGAAGAAAUUGAUUGAUUAUCCGAAGAGCCCGAGCUUGAAAAGAGCCAAGAGGAUUCUCUUAUUUCAGUGAUGUAGGAUCACUAUCACCCAUUAUUAAUGAUUCGGUAAAAUGAAAUCUCUACUUCUGAUGCAGAUCCAACAACAACAGUUCUGAAUUGUUUUCAUUUAAUUCAAUUGCUGCCCAUGAACCAGGGGUCUUCAGAAAUCAAAUUUAAUUCUAAACUACUUUUCUGAUGCUCCACUUCAAGAUGCAAUAUCUGAAUUCUGGAUUCUAUCCUGAUUGAAAGAAAGGGACUUGGACAUUGAUAAUACAGUCCAAAUAUGGGAAGACAUCCUCCAAUGGAGAAAGGAGUAUGGAACAGAAACUGUAUUGGAGGAGUUUGAGAAGGCAUUACAUGAGAAAUUUCCUACUAGUUUCAAUUGCAGCAGAGGCACAUUGGAUCGACUACAACAAUAUUGGAUGUUCGGCGGUUGAUAAUGAUGAGACGUGAAGAGCAUGAAUACUUGACCCAACAGACACACGACAGAUUAUUAUUAUAAUGGGAAUUUCUCUUAGAUGGAAUGCUUCUCUUUGAAAAUGCUCAAGAAUUGCCACAUAGUGUCAUGGCAAUUGCAUGGAACUUUUCAGCUAAAAAGUGCUCUUUUUUUCUUUCUGUCGUCUAUUCCAUCGUCUUUUGUAGCUUCCUAAUAAAUUCUUAUCUCUGUUCUAUAAUGGAUUCGUUGAUAUGAGUGACAUUGUAUUGAUAUUAAAUCAGAACUUUCUGAAAUAAAAGGCUAUUACAUUUUCACUGUUGGAUAAAAAUUGGCUUUUUUUUUUUUGGGUGUAAGCAUCCUCAAGACUAUAUAGUUGCUACUAUAUUAUGCACUGGUGGAAUGAUAAUUCUAAACUUUAUAAACAUCAGUUGACAUAUAUGACUUAAAUACAUGCUUGAGGUCUUUAAGUUUUGAAGUGAAGUGUACUAUGACACAACAUGGACUAGCUCAAGAUAUUACCACCUCCCCCCCCUACCCAAAAAAAAAAAAUCUUUGGAGCCGUCAGUCUACCAUAAAAAUCUCUUUGAACAGGAGCAAUCAACUUUUGCUAAGAUUUUCUAGCAUAAUGCUGGAGUCAAAUGUCUCUGUUUUCAAUUGUCAGAUUUGGACAAGAAUGGUGAUUGUGGCAAUGUCUUACUCUAAAAUUAUGAGUACCUCUUUCUCUCUCUGACAAAUCUCCACUCCUCAAGUCUUCGAUCUCAGUUUCUAAAAUAUUCCAAUAGCAUUGACAGAUCCUUAUAUGCAGCAGACCACAGUUUUUUUUGGACAGCUAUAUAUUUAUCAAGGCCUUACCACUAAUAUUUUCUUACGUCCUUUAUGGUAACUUUGAUUUUGAUUUUUGUUUUAUGGACAGUAACAUCAGGAGAACACAUUUGGCACAACACAUCAAAGGUAGUAUUGAAUGUUUGAAGCAUCUACAUCAGGUCAUUACUGGGUAUGAAGAUUGUUUCUGUAUCACGACAUAUGAAGUGAAAAUCGAAGUAGUAGAGAUGGUUGCAAGAUGCUUGAUGUUAUUCAUUGAGUUUGUCUCACUUUUGGACUCCAAAUUGACAGAAACAAAAGCCAACCCAAAUUAAUUGCAUUAAUUGUCAAAGUGCAUGCCACAAAAAUCUUUUACUUGGUAGAUGUCCAAAUGAGUAUCUAACAUCAAAAUCUGGCAACAGAGUUGUUGAAUGACAAUUCACCACUAUAAACAAGGGCAACAUAUGGAUGAGUGUUGAUUCUUAAUGGGGUCUGAAAUGAUGUUACAGUACUUCGCAAAUACUUAGUUUUGAAGGUUUCCAUGAGAUGCUUACAUCUUCCUUUCACAGAAUUUUUGUUGUCUCUUCACAAUGUUCUGAAAUCUGUUUUGGUCUAGCAAGUCAACAUGAUAGAUCUAUUAUAGUACCCAUACGGGUAUAUUGAUGCAUUAA